AUACAACUCAACUAUCAGUCUUUAAAUCACCUUAAGCGGCCUAAGCAGGAAAAGUUACUAUCUUUACCCUCUUCCAGCCUUCCUGAUCUGCUCCAACCUCCCUCUCUUAAUGCCCCACCCUCUCGGUCUCUCAGCGCCCAUAUAGCCGAUAUCGCGCUGGACAUCCUUGAGGCGACUCAAAGGGAACUCUUUUGGCCGCAGAUUUCAAACGAGCGCCGCCAAAGUCUGCUGGCUGCAGGCCUCCUCGUAGAUGAGCAAAUCGACCCGACCAAACCAGGGCAAAAGAAGAAACCGUUACAACUAUACAUCGGUUGUCAUACAGGGCCCAUCGUUGCCGGCGUUGUCGGCUUCAAGAUGCCCAGAUACUGCCUGUUUGGCGACACCGUGAAUACGGCCAGCAGAAUGAUGAGCAAUAGCCUUGUAAUGACGAGGGGAAUAUUAAAGUUCUGA